UUGUUUCGAUCCACCUCCUUCUGCCGCCGCCGCAUCCAACUCCCUCCGGCGUAGGUCACCAUGAAGUACAAUCCGAGAGUAUCAAGCUCCCGCCGGAAGUGCCGGAAGGCGCAUUUCACUGCCCCAUCGAGCGUCCGGCGGAUUCUUAUGAGCGCGCCGCUCUCGACCGAUCUAAGGAACAAGUACAACGUGAGGUCUGUCCCGGUGCGCAAGGACGACGAAGUGCAGGUGGUGCGCGGAACCUACAAGGGCCGCGAGGGGAAGGUCGUGCAGGUCUACCGCCGGAAGUGGGUAAUCCACGUCGAGCGCAUCACCCGCGAGAAGGUCAAUGGAUCCACCGUUAACGUCGGCAUCAACGCCUCGAAGGUGGUCAUCACCAAGCUCAAGCUCGACAAGGACCGCAAGGCCCUCCUCGAGCGCAAGGCCCGAGGCCGCACCGCCGACAAGUCCAAGGGCAAGUUCACGGUGGAUGAGGUCGCCGCCCGUGGAGCUGCUUCCCUCCAGGAGAUUGACUGAUCUCAUCCGUCUCGUUUGGUCCUCCCUCUCUCUUAAAAAAUUCUUCUUUUUCGUUUAUGCAUCAGCAUUCAAUGCUUCGACAUUUAGGAUGUUUUCUGCAUUCGAGAUGCUAAAUACCUCCGUACUUGUUUUGCCUAAAGUUGGGCCUUCGUCUUAACAUUUUGUUAGAGUCUUCUAUGUUAAAUUCGUGCUGCUUUCUUUAAA